AGCGGAGAAUCGUUUCGAGUUCGAGUUCGAGCGGUACACAGUUUGGGUCUGCUCCGCGCUGUUUGUUGGCCUGCGAGUAGCGAGAUAUUGAUAGUUUCGGCAUUGUCGUAUCAAAAUAAAGUGAACAUUCGUUUGAAGGCAACCGUUUAGACAAGGCGCGUUUUAUUUUUAUUGUUAUUAAUAUUAUUAUUGCGCUGCUCUCCGAUACAGUCCAAAGGCAUCUUCAACUUUUAUUAGUAAUAUUUCGGAAAAGUCUCCAGUGAAAUUGAGCAAGGCGAAUAAAAGUGCACAACAGAAUAGGCGAAAAUUGUGCAAGUUUGCAAUUUCUAGUUUUUCUCCCGGGCGGAAAUUUUCACCGAUUUACUUGCCGCCCGAGCAGUCGACAAUUUUUUCAACAUUGAGGUAAUGUUUUGAAAAAAAUUGAAAAAAAGGAAAAUUGAAAAAGAUAAGCGGCGAACAAAAAGAUGAAAAUACGUAAAAAGUUUUGUGAAUACAUAUAAGUACAGUGACAAUUCAAUCAGUAAUCAGUUCUUGAGAAAAAAAAAGUGACAGUGAACAUUAGACCAGUUAUCUACACCGUGAAACGUAUUAACACUUGGCAGAGAAGUGAAACAAAACGGCAGUGCUGAUAUUAUGCAAUGCAAUGUGUGUAAAGUGCAUGAUGGUGUUGAUAUGAAUACAAAUUUGUUCUAAGCCAUCCGUACUCUGGGCGCCGUCUUGGAAUAGACUUGCAUUCGCAAAUACAGAAGAAAAUUCUACUGUCUCGCACUAGUGAAACGGGGCGAGAGAAACUUUUCUCUUCCUAGGACAUAGAGAACCGUGCAAAGUUUUCGGUCAACAUGAAUUCGUAUUUCGAACAAACUGGCUUCUACGGUCAUCCGCAUCAAGCGGCCGGAAUGAUGACCACAACCGGAACCCAUCACGAUCAGACUACGGCAGCUGCAGCGGCCGCAUAUAGAGGCUUUCCACUGUCCCUCGGAAUGUCCCCCUACACCAAUCAUCAUCUGCACCAGAGUCGAUCCUCACAAGAAUCACCGUACGAUGCGAGCUUACAGGCCGCAUGCAAGCAAAUUUACGAAGGUUCCUAUAGCACGAAGGACUGCGGGAAGACUGGCAGCGGAAAUGGAACCACAGAUACCACCAACGGCUACAAGGAUGUGUGGAACUCGACAAACACGAGCGCUAACAACAGCAACACCAACACAGCGACUGGCGGAAAUGUACCUGCACAGCAAAACAGCUCAGUUCCUGUACGACCCUCGGCAUGUACGCCAGAUUCCCGUGUUGGAGGAUAUAUCGAUGCUGCUGGCGGCAGUCCUGUCAGCCGAACUGGUUCUACCGCUGCCGGUGUUGCCGGAACGUGGAACACCAACCAAUGCUCAUUGACCGGUGCGACCGGUGGCCAAACUGCGCCAACCACCGGUCUUCACCAGUCGAAUCACACGUUCUACCCUUGGAUGGCUAUAGCAGGUAAGAGAUACUCAGAAUCUCUUGCGGGCACACUUCUUCCAGACUGGAUAGGUGCCAACGGACUUCGACGAAGAGGCCGGCAAACAUACACCCGGUAUCAAACGCUGGAGUUGGAGAAGGAGUUCCACACCAACCACUACCUGACCCGCCGGCGUCGGAUCGAGAUGGCCCACGCGCUGUGUUUGACGGAGCGGCAGAUCAAAAUCUGGUUCCAGAAUCGCCGAAUGAAGCUGAAGAAGGAAAUUCAGGCAAUCAAAGAGCUGAACGAGCAGGAAAAGCAAGCCCAGGCCCAAAAGGCGGCAGCGGCAGCGGCGGCAGCAGCAGCCUUGCAUGAGCAAAACUAGGGGUUAGACCAUACCAAUCACAGUAGUUCUAGUAAUUAUUUAUACUAAUUUUAGUGAGUUCUAAUGUUUUUGGUUAGAGCGUCCAACUGGUUUUCCGCGAGAAAAGUUGUUUUAGUUUCUUUUAUUUGUUUAACUGGCGCGUUAUGUUACAUCUUUAGUUUCGUUUUCGCCUGUACGAGAAACCGUAAGUUUUAUUUUAGUUAAAUUGAAUUUGUAUAAAGAAAUGUUGCUAAAGAGAUUAAUUUAAUGUUUGAACUACUAAAACGCUAGUGAAAGGUAUACAAAAGAAGAAGAGGAAGAAGAAAAAAAACAGAUACACACAAACUCAACCUCAACGAAAUGUUGAGAAACAUUCCCUUACACGGGGGGAUGUGCUGUAAAAAGAUAUGGUUAUAAGUAAUACGGGGAAAAUGUUGUACAAAAAUUUUGGUAGAAGCCAUCUCUUAAUCUCAACCCAAACUCAGUUGACUCUUUGUGAUGUGGUAUUGCAAUACAUAGAUUUAUCAGCAAACGAAAAUCAACACGGCUAUAUCAAACGAUAUUAUUUUACAAUUAAUUGCUUUCGCAGCUGUCAGAUUUCUUUGUUCCGUGUUUGGAAUAUGUUUAUCCAUUUCGACCGCGUUUUUUUUUUAAUUAUGUACAUACAAACGCUUUCACUAUUUAGUUGUAUCUCGAAUGCACCAAAAAAAACUGUUUUCCUCUAAGUUUCAUUACGAAAUGCAACCGCGGAGAAGAGCAAAAAGCAAGAUUGACGAACGAAAAACGUACUUUUAUUUCAUAAGAUGCAUUCUAUCUUGUCCAUCCACUGUGUCGAGACCCCAUUUGUCCAAAAAGACUUACAGACAACACAUAUAUACGUAACUUUUGUGAGGCGAUACAAAUUUUGUAGCUCUAUCACGACUUCCAGUGAUGGAGGAAAGCUGUUUCGAACAAACCAAUAGCGUAGUAAUAUAUUGUCCAUGUACUUAUUUAUUACGGGAAAGUUAUUGUAAAUAAUCUUAAAGCUACCCUUUCCCCCCAUUGAAAAUUUUUCUUUUAGUGCAAUAAUUUACCAGGAUAUAAAACAAAAUCGUCUACAAACUUUCAGUGAAUGAUGCUAGCAAAUACGAAAUUGGAAGCAAGUCUGCUUGAACGCUAUCCCUCAUGAAUUAAGCCAAGCUGCAUGUGUAGUGAAACAUCGUCGUAGUGUAGUCAAAUCUCCACUUUUAGACCCACCCGCGCAAGAGCAGUGACGAUAAGCCACAUCCCCACUAUCAUCUACUAUCCAAUUUAUCAUUAUCUCUCUCUUUCUGUCUUUCUCUCUCACCUACCUUGUCAUUUCAUUUUCUAGUGAAGGAUAAAAAAACCCUAAACCAAGCCAAAACAUUGUAAAAGUUGGUAGGAUUGUUCCUAUUGUUUUUAUGUUUAUUGUUUCUCUAUCACACACCCUCGACAACACCUUCUACGGAAACUCUAUCUAACGAUUAUUUUCUCAUAGCAUUCGAUUACCCAAAUGAUUAGGAGAACUCAAACAAAAACACACUCAGCAACCCAGUGGAAGAUGCUCCCAAACUGUGGGCCGAGCAUGGAACUUACAUACGUAACUAGCCGAAAAUAAGAGUAAUUCAGCAGAAAAACAAAAUGGAAAAAAAUGUAUACGUAAUUAGUCGUUAAGGUAAAGUUUAUUUAAUAAAAACUAAAGUAAUUGAAAAAGUAAACUAAAAAGCAGAAAGUGGAAAAGUUACAAAUAAAAUUUAAAAAAAGCAAAAAAUAAUUUAAAGAUAUGAUAAAAUAAGCAAACUAGAUUUUUAUAGUGGGUAAGUAACUUAAUUGGAAUGAAACAUUGCAAAACACUCAAAAAUUUCACAAACACACACACACACACACACGAAACAAAGUAAUAUAUUCCAGUAAGUAGAACAAGAGAUGAGGGCUGUCAAUAUUUGACGACAACAAAUUAGCAUGAGGGCAGUUCCUAUGUGUGAGAUAAAAGGCAAAUCAAUUCUUUGAAAUGUGUCGUAAAAGGUACAUAGAAAUUUAUUGAUGAUGAUGAAAAAAAAACAAAACCCUAUGGCAAAAUA